AUAGUUAAUCGUCUUCUCUUAGAUCCAACUAAACCGAAGUCCAUAACCGACCCAAUUUCGCACUGGGUCAACCCAUCAGCUCAUUUCCCAAGUUUACAAUGGCGGAUCCGCCAUUGCCAUCGCGCUCACAAAGUGAAGAUGCACUUAACGCGAUUCUUAUGGAGGCAUCAUCUAAGGAAUAAAACGGCAGUUGCAGUUCCAAUUAAAGGCUUAUUGGCUCAGAUUACUGCUAAUAAACCAAGAUGGAUGAGUACGGUGAUGAGCUUUGGUGACGGAGCCCAGGGGGCGUUGGGUCUACCCAAAUUGGAGACGGGUCCCGGAGGAGACGCUUACGAGCCCACCCGGAUCCCCGGUCUCCCUUCCGAUAUCACCAGCAUCAGCGCAGGUCAUUAUCACUCGCUCGCUAUUGAUUCUCGCGGUGGACUCUGGGCUUGGGGACGUAACCAGGAGGCUCAGCUGGGUCGUGAUCCACUUGCUCCGAGAGAUUCAUGGAAUGAUCCAAAGAGAGUGGAAGGUUUGGGUCUUGUGAAUGUUUGUGCUGCUUUUGCAUCUGGUGUCGUUUCUGCCGCUGUUGGCGAUGAUGGUUCUGUGUGGGUAUGGGGAAAGUCUAAGCGGGGACAGCUUGGUCUUGGAAAGGGUAUCACUGAGGCUGUGGUACCUCGCAGAGUUGAAGCACUUGCAGGAGAAAAGAUAGUCAAGGUUUCAUUUGGUUGGGGGCAUGCUCUUGCACAGACAGAGGAUGGAAAGUUGUUGGGGUGGGGUUAUUCAGCUGAUGGAAGGAUAGGAAAGGUUGGGGAAGCUUUGGAGGUGUCUCUGCUGGACUCAAAUGCAAAUACAUCUAUGAAUAACAAACAGUUUUCAGGUUCGGGACUGAAUGUUGCUGAGAAAAUGGUUUUAGAAGGAAUGGAGAAGGAGAAAGACAUGCCGGUCAUUUGGGAACCUCGAUUGGUUGAAGAACUGCAAGGGGCAGAAGUCAAAGACAUUGUAUGUGGGCUUGACCAUUCCUUGGUUCUUUGCCGUAAUGGCACUUUGUUGAGCUCUGGAAGCAACGUAUAUGGUCAACUGGGCAGAGUCAGACAGGAUUUGGGAAUGUUACCGGUUGAUCUAAGCUUCCAUGUUUUGGGUGUAGCAUCUGGUCUUGGUCAUUCCUUGGCAAUUUGUGAGGUUGCAUCAUUGGAUGUUGAAGGUGGUGGAAAGAGCAUUGUCUCAUGGGGCUGGAACCGAAGUUCACAAUUAGGUAGGGCAGGACCAGAGAAUCUACCAUCAGUUAUUGAGGAAUUGGAAGGGGAAACACCUGUGGCAGUGUCAGGAGGACGGGUGCAUUCUAUUGCUCUGACAUCUAAGGGGCAGGUGUGGGUUUGGGGCUGUGGUAAGAAUGGCAGGCUUGGGUUAGGAAGCUCCAGCGAUGAAGCUGAGCCAAUCCUGCUUGAUUAUUUAGAAGAUUUUGAAGUUGUACAAGCCGUGUCAGGUUUUGAUCAUAACCUGAUCCUGAUAGCUGAUUGAUGUAACUAAAACAUGGUGGCCGAGAGUUUCACAGUCUAUUCAACUCCCAAGUUCAUCUAGUUGAGUGGGAUGCUUGAUGAUUCUAAGUAGUUUCAGUUUCUAACUGAAUAAAGUGUGCUUAAUAUACUGAACUUUGAAUUGUGAGCAUUAAACUAAACUAUAUGUUGAACAAGCUCAUCGAUAAAGAAAAGGAUAAGGAGGGAAAGAUUAUCUUGAACAUCCAAACCCAUGCCCUAUCUAUGCAAAGAAAGUAUUUUGUA